AUGCACCAUGCGGUGGCCGGUCGGAGUCGCUUUUGGAGCACUGGAAAGAGGUUCUUUGGAGCAGAAGCCAAAAAGAGGUUUUUGAAGGUGAGGACAUUUUAUCGAUAGAAUUUAUAAAAAGUAGCAGUGCGCUAAGGCAAUGAAAAUUUGAAAAGUCACACAAUUGUUUUUGCAGAACCUCUCGGCGGCACCUCCGCCGAAACACCCGCGUCUCGUGUCGGACGAGGAUACGAACGCGGCGAUGGCGGUGCUGAUCCCGUUGGUUACCGUGGACGGGCGGGACUCGGUGCUGCUCACGAAACGGUCGAUCCAUCUGCGGUCGCAUCGCGGCGAAGUGUGCUUUCCGGGCGGUCGGAAGGAGCCGGGCGAGACGACGACGGAGACGGCGCUGCGGGAGACAAUGGAAGAGAUCGGGCUGCGGGCGGAGGACGUCGAAGUGUGGGGCCUUCUGAAGAGUGUCGUCAGACGACAGGCCGACUUUGUCAUCACCCCGAUCGUGGGGUACGUGCGCGAUGAGAAGGUGCUGGAGACGUUGAAAGUGAGCGACGACGAGGUGCAGGCGGUGUUCACGAUUCCGAUCGAUGAGCUCGGAAGGACCGCCGGUCUUACCAAGUUUCACAGCAAAAGGAUGAGAUACACACUUCCCUGCUUCGAUUCCACCGAGUUCAAGGUAAGGAUCAUCCUUUUUUCAGAAUUCCUGACUCUACUUUCAGGUGCACCACAACGCCAGCAACGAGUAUUUUCACUCGACCCAACGAGUCUGGGGACUGUCGGCAGUGAUGCUCCAUCAGGCGCUGACAUUGUUGAACCCGGAGGAGUACAAGCACGACAUGAUCAUUAAAUUCUUCUAG